UCGUCAUUAGUCGGGUUAGAUUAAGCGUGACAGUUUUGCACCUGGACAUUGUUUGUUGGAAUGGUUUUGGAAGUGAUUAGGGCCCCCCUCGCGGUUGCCGCGCGGGCCGCAGCGGGAAGCACUCGGAACGACGCGGAUGAGGAGGCUCGCUGGAGGCUGGCCGCUGCCUCACCUCACACCAACACUUGAUGGUCAGACGCCGCGAGAGUCGGCCGCGCUCCAUUGUUCGUUGUCGCUACCGAUUGUUACCGCGAACUCACGCACGCAUCCGCGGCAAGUGAUCUAUUGAAGCUCGAAUUGUAGUGGCAGUGAAUAUCGAAUGAACCAGUGUGAAGCGUGUAUCGCUUAGUGCAAAAUGGUGCCGAGUGUCAGAUUCCUCAUUGUUUGCAGUUUUAUUAUCUCCAGAGUGUACUCGGCGUCUCAGCACUUGGACUCGGCGGAGUACUCGGAGUCGACGGAGGUGUCGGUGGUGUCGGUGUCGUCGUCCGCGUCGUCCGAGCUGCACGAGGGCUCUGGGGACGACCCGCCUGAUCCAAUACCUUUGAAUAACAAUAAGAAUGAAACGAGAGAGGCCUUAAAAAGUGACGGAAGUGAGCAGGAUCCGGUGGUGUUCCUAUCAGAGAAGAACAGCUACAUUCCGGUGAGCAUCAAGCCGCGCUCGCCGGCGGUGGACACAGCGUGGCGGGAGCCGCCCGCCUGGGAGCGCGAGUACCGCAGGCACAGGACCAAUGGCAGUAGAGUGCAGUAUAUUGAAGCGGAGUGUCAAGAUGACUUCAUGAAGAUCAGAGUCGGUUUCAAUGGAUCAUUCGCCGGACUUGUUUAUUCAGCAGGCUACUCCUACGAUCCGGAUUGUAUGUACAUAAACGGCACAGGACGAGACUACUACGAGUUUUACAUCCAGUUGAACAGAUGCGGAACUCUUGGCAGGAAUGGGCAACACGACGACAGCAGAAAACAUCCAACUAAGAAUCUGAUGUGGAACACUAUAACGGUGCAGUACAACUCUCUCAUCGAGGAGGAACUGGACGAACACUUCAAGGUCACCUGCGAGUAUGGAUACGACUUCUGGAAGACUGUUACAUUCCCUUUUCUGGACGUCGAGGUGGCGACUGGAAACCCAGUGGUGUUCACUCUGCAGCCACCUGAGUGCUACAUGGAGAUCCGCUCGGGGUACGGAGCGAAUGGGGCGCGGGUGUCUGGGCCAGUGCGCGUCGGGGACCCUCUCACUCUGCUCAUCUACAUGAGAAGCGCUUACGAUGGCUUUGAUAUUGUGGUCAACGACUGUUUCGCUCACAACGGAGCGACCAAGCGAAUACAACUUAUAGACGAAUAUGGAUGUCCUGUAGAUGACAAGCUGAUCUCUCGUUUCCGCGGCUCAUGGUCGGAGUCCGGAGUGUUCGAGACUCAAGUGUACGCGUACAUGAAGACCUUUCGGUUCACUGGAUCUCCUGCACUCUAUAUAGAAUGCGACGUCAGGAUGUGUCACGGAAGAUGUCCGUCUCAACCAUGUCACUGGCGCAACAUGAAGAGCGUGAAGCGUCGGUCGAUAGACAGCAAGGCGGGCUUGGACCCGGCGACCAGUGUGGCCCCGCGCCUCUCCGAGAACAUCUCGCUGUUCCAGUCGCUCAGGGUACUGCAGGAGGGCGAGGAGGACCCCGAGUUAGCUGCUAGCACAGGUACACCAGAAGGUCAGACUUGUAUGAAGACAUCAGCUCUGUCAGCCAUAAUGGUCUCGUGUGGACUGCUGAUCGCGGCGCUGUGCGGCGGCGUGCUGGCGGCCGCGCGCGGCUUCAGGCGCGGCGAGGGACGGACGCCGCAUCACGCGUAUGUCCCACACAAAGGCAGAAUCAAAUAAAUAGACUCCUUUCUUAAACUAUAAAUACUUUAAAAUGAUAUGGGGAAAGAGAUAUAUACCAGUGUUGUAAAGCUGCAUCUUUGUCUCGAAUAAUUAUGUUUUAAAAAGUCGUUGUUUGAGAGCGAACCUGUCUUGAGGCUAAACAGUUGAUAAUACAGCCUACUGCCAGAUUAAGCAAAUGUGACUACGUACCACACAUAAAAUCAAACUGUAUUGAAUGAAACUCAGUAUUAAAUUUAAGAGAUUGAUUUCUUUUUUUCGGCUUCAUGAAUUUAAUAUUGCCUAAUGGGGUAAAAGUAUUGAAUAUCUCAAACGAUUUCCGUUCACAGACUACAAAUGAUAAUUGUGACUGCUAGAUUAUCAUUGAACGCGUUUACAUAAAAAACUCAUUGCAAAUACCAGUUGAUUUGUUGAAGUUUAGUAUCUAAGCGUGGUUUAUAAGUGCUAGACUGCUAAUAGAAAUAAGUUUAAUAUACAGAUAGAUGUAUUAAAAUCAUAGAAUAAAACUAGAUUCGAAGUCAGCGACGUGGCUUCAAACAAAAGACAAUCUACUUUUGUUUUAAAUAAAUAUAUGCUUCUAUUUAAUUUACAAAGUUAAUGAUACGCAAUCUGUAUAUGGUGCCUUUACAAAAAAAGUCGAAUGACUUAAAAUAAAAUAAAUUUAAGCAUAGUGUUAGUAACAUUAAGAUGUAAGUUUGUUUCUAAGUUAAUUUAUACUCGUUGUAAUACUCAGACAAAUUGCGAGGAUCUGUAUUUUAUAAAAAAUAUACCUCCUCCAUUUGUCUCGCACUAUUUAUGUAUGCAGUUCUCAAAGUUGUGAUAAAAUAAGUAUUAAAUAGAAUUAAAUACGUAGUGUAACAACG